CCGCGGCAGCGUCUCUGCUCCGCGGGAUCCGCGGGCUUCCUCUUCUCCACUGUGUCCAGCGGAUGUUUGCUUCACAGACUGAGGGGGAGCUCAAAGUGACCCAAAUUCUCAAAGAAAACUUUCCUCAAGCUACAGCUAUCAAAGUCACUGACAUUUCAGGAGGCUGUGGGGCGAUGUAUGAAAUCCAAAUUGAGUCAGAAGAAUUUAAGGAGAAGAGGACUGUCCAGCAGCACCAGAUGGUAAAUCAGGCACUAAAAGAAGAAAUCAAAGGAAUGCAUGGAUUGCGGAUAUUUACCUCGAUCCCCAAACACUGACCACGCCCUGGCUGUGUAGAUGCUGCUGCUUAAAACCUUGGAUGAACUUGACCAUUCUUUCCUAGGCAUUUGCCAAAAAAUUUAUCUAUUUUGUUCAUAGACAUUUCCGUAUUAUAAUUAUAGAAGAAUAUGUUAUCUAUUUAGACGUUAAUUAAAGGCAACGGACAACUGAGGCUUUUGAAGUCA